AUGGUGCGGCGGCGGGGCGACCUCGACUGUCCUGUCGAUCGAGGUUUCGGGUGCGACGCGAAACAAGAGCGAACCCCAGACUACCAGCAGCAGCAGCAGCUGGUAGGUGGCGCUUCCACGCAGUCCACGACGACCGUGGGUGGACGCGAGAGUCGGGCAUCGGCGGUGAGCAGCAGCAGCAAGCGGUACCGCAAGAAGCGCUCAGACAGGGACAGGGACAGGGACCGAGGCACGACGACGACGAUGACGAGUCGGGACUGGGAUCAUGAUGGCAGCAAUAAUACCAAUCAUCAUCAUCGAGGAGGUGGUGGUGGUGGUGGUGGUGCAGGCCACCUGGGGAACAACAAUAAGAGCAGGUCCCAGUCACUGACCCGCUACGCCGCCAACAACAACAACAACGACUCUCCAGGCUCGGCUGGCUCGCUCCAGUCCCUGGCAGCCUACGACGAGACCGAGUUCGUCAACUGGACGGACCAUGACAUGGACGUGUAUGUGGCCCGCAACGCCACGGCCCGACAGCACGUGGGUGUGGGUGCAGGCGGCCGACUCGGCCAACACCCGCGCCACUACCAGCAGCAGCAGCAGCAGCAACAACAACAACGCCACUGCGAGGACAUGUCCGACUUUGACAUGUGAUGAUGAUGAUGAUGAUGAUGAAGGAAGGACGAAGGAGUGAGCGGCAUGGAGCGACAUCUGAACACCCGAGUAAACAAACUCCCUGUGCUGCUGUGAGACUGUGUUUCAUCCGAGUCGCGAUACAAGUCCUGCUCAUUAUUUGUCUGUCUGUCGUGUCAAUCGCAUAUCCUCGUCCUUGAUGCUCAUUAUGAUGAUUUCUCAUAGUUGUACUGUACUUGUAUAUGAUGGCGCAUCACAUCAUCAUCAUUACUGCUGCUGUUGUUGCAAAAAUUUGAUUAUUGCUUCUCUGCUGCCCAAUUUCAUCUGCUGCAUUGUAUGAUUAUUGUCUGCUGCUGCUUUACCUCGUGUCCUUUCAAUAAUAAUCAGCAAUAAAUCACCUAUACUCACACAGCAUAUACAGUACAGUAUGUUCUUUCUGCUGCAUAUGUCCCUUAAUCUAUACCCAAGUUCUCCUGCUGGUCUCUAUAUAUCUAUGUGUACAGAGCUGCACACAUCAAAGUCUCAUCAAACCCCCGCCAAAUGAAAAGACAUGCCUU